AUGACAAGGCGUUCUAAAAGGAUUGCUAGAACAGACGAAGUAAGGAAUUUUCGCAUGAACUCUGAACCUAUUGACUUGGAUAGCGAUUUGGAAGUUGUUGAUGUUGACGCGGAUCCUAAAGAAUUGAAAAGCGAUACUUUACUCCCGGAGACUAUUCCUGAUAUAGGAAAUGACAAUGAUGAAAAGGAAAACUUGGAUAGCCUUUCGAUGCAUGAAACAUCGAAAUCUAGAAAACAAAAACAUAAAAAGAAGAAAUCAAAACAGAAGCAGAAAAACGUCGAGCUUAGUGCUAAAGAGGCCUCAAUUCUCUCUAGUGUGAUGAAAAUAGCAAAGAAGUCUCCUUCUACAGAAACAAAAGCGAAAGAAACUUUGGUUCAAGAGGAGUCAUCUCCCAAACCUGACGUGAGUGGCACAGAGGAAGGAAGGGAUGACGCCGCUCACAACGGCUCUGAUGAGGAAAUAUCUAUCAUUCAAGUCGUUGAGGUGCCUUCAGAGCAAAAGUUUUUAAGAAAAAGAGCUCUGAAGGAGACACAUCCAUCUAACAAGAAGCACAAGUCUGUCGAGGAAGAAGCAACCAAUGAUACUAGUACAGAAAACGCAUUAUCCGAAGAAGAAGCAACCAGUCAUACUGAUACCGAAAACGAAUUAUCUGAGGAAGAAUCAUAUGGAAACACAAAGAUAUCUCCGCAAAUUGAUGUGAAUGAAUUAUCCUUCGAAAGCAAAAAACUUCCUUCGGUCAUUGAAGUAGAGAGCUCUUCAGAAGAUGAAAUGGUGGAACCUCCCACAUCGCAACCGGUAUCUUCCACUCCCAAAUCUUCUAUCCGUCUUCUAUACAAUUCUAGUUACAAAUUGACUGAUGAACUCACGGACACUGACGUAAAUGUGGAUACAGUCACAGUUCAUGAUUUAGUUGGAGCUCCUGAUCUUCUAGAGACGUUUCAAUUCAAUUUCAAUGUUGAUUUAGAAUACUUCCUAACAUUUCUUCAUCCCAAUUUUGCAAAGAACAAAAGAAAAAUUGUCUUUGUCACCGGAACUGCGUAUUUGGCUGGCCACCCUUUGCGAGAAAUCAUCAAAGCAAAGUAUAAUAUCUCUGAAUGCAUUGCUCCUUUACCGAAUCGCUUUGCUUCGCACCACUCCAAAAUGAUGAUCAACUUCUACCCUCAUGACCAGGUUGAAAUAAUCAUUAUGACUUGCAAUUUGACCCAAUUAGACUUUGGUGGUUUAACACAAUCUGUUUGGCGUUCUGGGAAGUUAAAGAGAGGGAAGACCACCGCAAAAUUGGGAAGCAGAUUCAAGCAAGAUCUUGAACGUUAUCUCUUGAAGUAUAAAAUGGCCACGAUUGAAAAAGUUGUUCAACGGUUACGUGACUAUAACUACAAUAGUGUUGGUGUCGAAUUAGUGGCUUCAGCUCCUGGGACGUAUAGUAUUGAUCAUAUUGAUGAAAACGAUGAAACGUAUGGUUAUGGGAAACUCCGGCAGGUACUUCAACGCAACGAUUUGCUCAUAAAGGAUACAGAGAAGCACCACAACAUUCUUGCGCAGGUUACAUCAAUCGCAUAUCCGUACUCGAGCAGAAAGGGUGACACUGCCUCGAUUCUUUCGCAUUUGCUAUGUCCGUUAAUGUUUUCUCAUUGGAAAAAGCACCUUGAGCCGGGGACCCAGUCCACACUGAAGCACCAAGAAGAGUUCAAAUACAAGCCUCAGCUUGUCUUCCCGACUGUAAAGGAAGUUGCUUCUAGUAACUUUGGAUUUCUUUCUGGAAGUGCUGUGCAUUUCAAACACUCUGGUUCACUCAUUCAUCAAAAACAAUAUGAGCAAAAUGUUAAACCAUAUUUAUGCAAAUGGAGUACUCCAGAGAACGUCACCGGCCGGGAAAGAGUAACCCCGCAUGUGAAAUACUAUGCCUGUGACAAUGGUGAUGGUUGGAAUACCUUAAAAUGGGUACUUGUUGGAAGUCAUAACCUUUCAAAGCAGGCGUGGGGAUAUCCAGAAGCUAAAAGUAAGGGUCAAACUUUUGAUGUUGCAAGUUAUGAACUCAGCGUUUUAGUGCCUGGUUCAGGGAAAAACCUCGUUCCUGUCUUCAAAAAGGAUGUACUGUCAGAUACAAUAACAAUCCCAGUUCGUUUUCCUUUCAAAUUACCUCCAACAAGAUAUGGCGAAAAUGAUUUGCCAUGGAGUGCUGGGUCUGACUACGGAAAAUUGAAGGAUAGGUGGGGUAAUCUACAUAACGGCGGUUAUUCCGUAUAG